UCCUCUAAAUAUCGGCUACGGGGAUAACAACACCGAAACGACCCCAGCCCCAAGCAAAAACACCAAAUACUCUGCGUCUGUACCAACUGCGGCGCAUUCGCUGCGAUACUUAACUACUUAAACACAAAAUGCCCCAGAACGAGCACAUUGAGUUGCACCGCAAGCGGCAUGGCUACCGCCUGGACCACCAUGAAAAGAAAAGGAAGAAGGAGAGCCGCGAGGCCCACGCGCGCUCCCACAAAGCCAGGAAGCUGAUUGGGCUGAAGGCCAAACUGUACCACAAACAGAGACAUUCAGAGAAGAUCCAGAUGAAGAAGACCCUCAAAAUGCACGAACAGAGGAAGACCAAGCAGAAGAAUGAUGAGAAGACCCCAGAGGGAGCCGUGCCAGCCUACCUGUUAGACAGAGAGGGACAGUCCCGCGCUAAGGUGCUGUCCAACAUGAUCAAACAGAAGAGGAAAGAGAAGGCUGGCAAAUGGGAGGUUCCCCUGCCAAAAGUGCGUGCACAAGGAGAGAUGGAAGUGCUUAAAGUCAUCAAAACUGGAAAGAGACAAAAGAAAGCCUGGAAGAGAAUGGUCACCAAAGUUUGCUUUGUCGGCGAUGGCUUCACCCGUAAACCUCCCAAAUAUGAGCGUUUCAUCAGACCCAUGGGUUUGCGUUUUAAGAAAGCUCACGUCACGCAUCCAGAGCUGAAGGCCACGUUCUGCCUUCCCAUCCUCGGAGUGAAGAAGAACCCCUCCUCCCCCCUCUACACCGCUCUAGGAGUCAUCACAAAGGGAACAGUCGUAGAAGUCAAUGUCAGCGAGCUGGGCCUGGUUACACAAGGAGGAAAGGUUAUCUGGGGUAAAUACGCCCAGGUGACAAAUAACCCAGAGAACGAUGGCUGCAUUAAUGCAGUCCUGCUGGUAUAAGACUCUUGACCUUUACACAGACGGUGCUUGGUAACUCUGAAUUUACACAAAUCUUGAUUAUGACAAGAAAUGGGCUUCAAAUCACAAGACUGACAGGAAGAUCGCUGAUGCUGCACCUGGCAGCACCACAGUUUUUGUGACGCAAGACGAAAACGGGGUGAUUACUGUGUUUAAGUAUGAUAGAAAUAAAUUUUCAUAUGACACCAGA